AUGAGUGGCCGGUCUGACGAUGACGAUUACGGCCUUUCGGUUUUGUGUGACCCCCGGGAAUGGCCCAAUGCCAUCGGUAGCAAGAAUGUUACAAUCACAGCAAGUCCAGUUGAGCAAGCCCGGGACGGGAGUAAAGUUUCGGAAUGUGAUGGUCUGGAAUGUCAAGCCGAUUAUCAAGCCAAAAGCAAAAGGCAAUCUUUGACAUUGGAAGAUGAGGUGUUCAACUUUACUUUCACAGGUAAAGUACACAGAUCUGGUUGA